AUGGGAGGUCCUAAUUCAUUUCACUUGUGUGCCGUAAGAGCUUCAGAUGCUUUAAUGAAUCCUUUGCAACAUAUUGACAGAGUGUUGAAUGUAUUAUAUAGAGAUGUGGUAAAAAAGAAUCAAUUACGCCUUAAGACAACAAUUGAAAGUGUUCGAUGGCUUGCAUUCCAAACAUGCGCAUUUAGAGGUUAUGCUGAAUCCGUUGAAUCUUUGAAUCGUGGCAACUUUAUUGAAUUCAUAAAGCAUUCAGCAAAGUUAAAUGACAAAGUUACUGAAGUUGUCUUAGAGAAUGCACCAAAAAAUGCAAAUUACCUCUCGCCAAUGGUUCAAAAAGAGGUUUUACAUAUUCUUGGCAAUAGGGUGAGAUGUAAGAUUCGUGAAGAAGUUGGGGAUGCAAAAUUUUGUAUUUUGGUUGAUGAAGCACAAGAUUUGUCUAAUACAGAGCAAAUGGCCAUUGUAUUGAGAUUUGUUGAUAAGAAUGGUUUGCUUAGAGAACGAUUUUUUGGAGUUGUAGUUGUUAAAGACACCACUUCCUUAACUCUUAAAAAAGAAAUAUCAGAUGUCCUUACUCUUUAUGAUCUCCAAAUUGAUAACAUGCGAAGCCAAGGGUAUGAUGGAGCGAGCAAUAUGCGUCGGGCAUGGAAUGGAUUACAAGCGUUGUUUCUUAAAGAAUGUCCAUAUGCAUAUUAUGUACACUGUUUUGCUCACCAACUACAACUAGCAUUAGUUGCUACAUCCAAAGAUGUGCAAGAUAUAUGGCUAUUCUUUUCCAAGUUGAAUUCUAUUGGCAAUCUUGUCAGUGUUUCUCCUAAGCGUCAUAGUGAGUUACAAUCAACUCAAGUGAUUUUAUCUGUUAAUAAGUUGGCUACUGGUGAACUUCAGAGUGGUAAAGGAGUUAAUCAGAUUAAGACAUUGCAGCGAGCAGGUCGUUCUUGUCAACAAAACGAUAGUAUCACAUUUAAUCAUCACGAUCAAGUUGAUAUUUUCAAUGCUGCUAUAGAUUUUCAAUCGAUGGAGUUAAAUCAGAGAUUCUCUGAAAGUACAGUGGAACUCCUUAUUCUUGGCACAGCUUUUGAUCCUAAAGAUGCUUAUAAAUCAUUUAAAGUUGAUGAUAUUUGCGAUCUUGCAAGGAAAUUUUAUCCUAAGGAUUUUCAAGCUGAGACGCGUGCUUUAAGAAGCCAGUUGGAGCAUUGUAAGAUUGAUGUAUUCCAUCAUCCGAGUUUUCAGAAUUUGUCCACCAUUUCUAAUUUAUGCAAAAUGCUAGCUGAAACAAGAAAGAGAGAAACUUAUUAUCUAAUUGAUAAAUUGAUUCGUCUCAUAUUGACUCUUCCUGUUUCUACAGUAACAACAGAACGAGCUUUUUCGGCAAUGAAGCGUGUCAAAACUAAACUUCGCAACAAGAUGGCUGAUGAAUUUCUUGCAGAUUACAUGAUUCUCAACAUUGAAAGAGAACUUGCUGAAGAUAUUGAUAUAGAUUCGGUAGUUAAUGAAUUUGACUCUCUCAAAGAUCGGAGGGUUCAUCUUCAAUAA